AUGCAGCCCAGAUACGCUGACCCUACCAUCUCAGUCUGCAGAGCCAUAUUCAGCGCCAUCCACCCCCUGCGGGUACCCAUACAGAGUGCCAACAGAAGGACGGGCUACUUUCGAUUCAAGGAACGAGAGGACGAAUUAUCCACUCUUUACAAAAGGGAACUUAGAGUAAAAAAGGCUAGAAGGGGCUUAGAUCAAAAGUACCAACAUUUUGCACUGAAGUCUGAGGAAUUCACUUCCAGUACAGGGAGCAGUUGUUUCGCUGGAGAAAGAAGAGCGGAGAAACGAAUUCAACUGAUGUCGAAUUCAAUGAAGUCGAAGCAUUCUGUGAUCCUGAGCCAACUUUUUCUUCUGAGAUGCAGUGCAUGUACAUGGAAUCUCCCUUUGUCUCUCGUAUUAUUUCUAAUGUAA